AAAAAGAAAAGAAAUAAAAAAAGGUGUGAGGCUUAAAACUCAGCAUAAAUAACUUCCAAAACUGACGCUCUAUCCCCCAUUGACUUCUUCCUUUUAUUCUUCUUCCUAUUUUCUACAUUGACCCCUCAUCCACUCCAAAACCAAAACCAGAGAAUGCCUGCAACAACAGAGAACCAAGGCUCGUUUCUGGGCCGAAUAAGCAUACGUAGAAAUCAAGUCAUGUCCAUGGAUGGAACCCACGACCAAGAAAUGGAAGACCUCGAACUUUUUCAGAAGCACGUCGGAGACCGCUUCUCCGAACUCUUCUCCACCACCACCGAGGACUCCUCCGGCGACGCCCUCCUCUCCAUCUCCUGGCUCCGCCGCCUCCUCGACGAGCUCCUCUGCAUCGAGGCAGAGUUCAAAGCCGUCCUGCUCAUGGGCCGCGACCCCUCCCAGAUCGCCAAGCCGCCGCUCGACAAGCUCCUCCCAGAGCUCCUCGACCGCUUCGUCAAAUCCCUCGACGUCUGCAACGCCGUCGUGCUCGGCCUCGACGCCGUCAAGAACCUCCAGCGCCUCGCCGAGAUCGUCGUUGACGCGCUCGAAGUGACGCCGCUGGGCGACGGCCAGGUCCGCCGCGCGAAGAAGGCGCUCUCCGCCCUCAUCGCCGCCAUGCUGCACGAGGACAACGCCUACGCGAAGGGGACCGAGCGCAACCGGUCCUUCGGGCGGCGCUCCGGGAACUCCGGCUCGAACAGCAAGGACUGGGUGCGGGCGCUGUCGUGGACGAUGGCGCGGAACUGGUCGGCGUCGAAGCAGAUCCACGCGAUGAUGUCGAAUCUGGCGGCGCCUCGCGGCGCAGAGUCGUCGGGAUUGGCGCAGCCUGUUUACAUAAUGAGCACCGUGCUGGUGUUCGUGAUGUGGGCUUUUGUGGCAGCGGUUCCAUGCCAGGAGAGGAAUGGGUUGGGGACGCACUUUCCCUUACCGAGGCAAUUGAACUGGGCCCAGCCCUUGAUCGGUUUGCAGGAGAAGAUUGCUGAGGAGUGGAAGAAGAAGGAGAAGAAGGGUAACGUGGGAUUGUUGGAGGAGAUGCAUAGGAUGGAGAAGUUGGGACAGUCGCUGAUCGAGUUCGCUGACUCCUUUCAGUUUCCCCCCGAAACGGAGCGUUUGGAUGAAAUGAAGAGGAACGUUGAGGACUUGGCCGAAAUUUGUAAGAAAAUGGACCAAGGCUUGGAACCCAUGCAGCAGCAGAUUAGGGAAGUCUUUCACAGGAUCGUCAGGAGCAGGGCCGAGUUUCUCGUUGUCUUGGACCAAGCUGGGAAGUUGUCUGCACCCGCUGUUUAAUUCUUUUUCUUUUUCUUUUUUUCUCCCUUUUAACACUAUACAUAUUUACUAAUCUAUCACUUUUCUUCUCUUCGUUUCAUACUUUUUAAUUGUACAAAAAUUAGUUAUAUUUAUCAUACCUUUACGAUUUCUCUCAUUUUAAUCACCCA